GCGCUGCUGUCGCUUCCUGUCCGUGCCCAGGUCACCGCUGGCCGUGGUUCCCAGGCUUUGGCCUCCGUUGGGCGAGGAUCCCGGGGCCUGCGGGGCUGGACGCUGUCCGGCUCAGAGCCGGCUCCUCGGGGACGCGGCCUUGGGAGGCGCAGCGGCGGGGACCCCGGGGAGGAGGCUCCGGAGGAGCAGCCCGGUCCCGGAGCCUCGGGGCAGAUCAGCGAGUCCCGCCGGGGUCCACUGUUAACAAUCUCUACAGUUUCCCAGGAGCAGCAGAAAAAUGCGAGAAUUCCAGGAGCCAGUGUCGUUCAGGGACGUGGCCGUGGACUUCACCCAGGAGGAGUGGCAGCAGCUGGACCCCGCGGAGAAGACAACCUACCGGGACGUGAUGCUGGAGAACUACAGCCACCUGGUGUCCGUGGGGUACGACAGCGCCAAGCCCAAUGUGAUCGUCAGGUUGGAGCAGGGAGAAGAGCCAUGGGUGGCCGAAGGUGACUUUCCAUGCCAGAGCUGUCCAGAGGAAAUCUGGAAAGCUGAUGAUGUGUUUGACAGAAUCCAAGGAAGUGAAGAUGAACAUUCAAGGCAAGCUGUUUAUAUCAGUAGCAGAACCGUGAUUGAAGAGAGAGAGAAUGCAUUUGAUAAAACUUGUAAUGCAGAAGCAAGCCUUGUUCCUUCAAGCAUCUCUCACAGUUGUGUCUCAUGUGGAAAAAAUUUAGAAUCUAGUUCGGAAUUAAUCAUUAGUGAUGGAAGCUAUGCAAAAAAGAAACCUGACGAGUGUCGUGAAUGUGGGAAAACAUACCCUGGAGAGAGACCCUAUGAAUUUAAUCAAAGUGGGGAAGGCUUUACUCAAAACGAAGAAAGUGUUCUUCGGAAAAUUAGUAUUUUAGAGAAACCCUUUGAAUACAAUGAAUGCAUGGAAGCCUUAGACAAUGAAGCCGUUUUCAUUACUCGCAGGAGAGCUUAUGUGGGGGAGAAGCCCUAUGAGUGGAAUGAUUCAGGAUCAGACUUCCUCCAGAUGUCAAAUUUUAAUGUGUACCAGAGAUCACAGAUGGAAUUGAAGCCCUUUGAAUGCAGUGCCUGUGGGAAAUCCUUCUGUAAAAAGUCCAAGUUCAUUAUCCACCAGAGGGCUCACACAGGAGAGAAACCCUAUGAAUGUAAUGUGUGUGGGAAGUCCUUCAGCCAGAAGGGGACCCUCACUGUCCACCGGAGAUCACACUUAGAGGAGAAGCCCUAUAAAUGUAAUGAGUGUGGGAAAACCUUCUGUCAGAAGUUGCAUCUCACUCAGCAUUUGAGAACUCAUUCAGGAGAGAAACCUUAUGAAUGUAAUGAAUGUGGGAAAACCUUCUGCCAGAAGACACACCUCACCCUGCACCAGAGGAACCAUUCAGGGGAACGACCGUAUCCGUGCAGCGAAUGUGGGAAAUCCUUCUCCCGCAAGUCAGCCCUCAGUGACCAUCAGAGAACACACACGGGAGAGAAACUUUAUAAAUGCGAUGAAUGUGGGAAGUCCUACUACCGGAAAUCUACCCUUAUUACACAUCAGAGAACACACACAGGCGAGAAGCCCUAUCAAUGUAGUGAGUGUGGAAAGUUCUUUUCUCGGGUGUCAUACCUCACUAUACAUUAUAGAAGCCAUUUGGAAGAGAAACCCUAUGAAUGUAAUGAGUGUGGCAAAACCUUCAACUUAAAUUCAGCCUUUAUUAGACAUCGCAAAGUACACACAGAUGAGAAGUCCCAUGAGUGCAGUGAGUGUGGGAAGUCCUCUCAGCUCUAUCUUACUGACCAUCAUACAACUCCUUUAGGGGAGAAACCCUAUGAAUGUAAUGAGUGUGGGAAAACCUUCCUUGAAAAUUCAGCCUUUGAUGGUCAUCAGUCACUCCCAAAAGGAGAAAAAUCCUAUGAAUGCAAUAUAUGUGGGAAAAUGUUCUCUGAUUUGUCGUACUACACCCUACACUAUCGAAGUCAUUCAGAAGAGAAGCCCUAUGGCUGUAACGAAUGUGGGAAGACCUUCUCCCAUAACUCAUCCCUCUUCAGGCAUCAGAGGGUCCACACGGGAGAGAAGCCCUAUGAGUGCUAUGAGUGUGGGAAGUUCUUCUCUCAGAAGUCAUACCUCACCAUACACCACAGAAUCCACUCGGGAGAGAAGCCCUACGAAUGUAGUAAAUGUGGGAAAGUCUUCUCCCGAAUGUCAAACCUCACUGUACACUAUAGAAGCCAUUCAGGAGAGAAGCCCUAUGAAUGUAAUGAGUGUGGAAAAGUCUUCUCUCAGAAGUCAUACCUCACUGUACAUUACAGAACUCAUUCAGGAGAGAAGCCCUAUGAAUGUAACGAAUGUGGGAAAAAGUUCCACCACAGAUCAGCCUUCAAUAGCCAUCAGAGAAUCCACAGGAGAGGAAAUAAGAAUGUACUGGAUGUGGGCAACCUCCUGUGAAGCCCAAUCUCAUUUUAGAAAACCCUCUGAAUAUGAUUUGGAGUGAAAUAUCAUGAUCUGAGAGCUCAUGCUUCUGAAUGGGGAAACACAUUUAGACAUUAGGUUCAUUUUAAUUUUCACAGAGAAGAAUCCCUAAGAAGGGAACAAGAAGCAAAGCCUUCAGCAAGACACUACAACUCAUUGGACAUUAGAUAAUUUAUACGGGAGUAAACUUUAUAAAUAUUUAAUAUUUAUUUUGGACUCAAAGUGUAUUUACAUAUCAGGGAAUCAUACCAAGGCAAAGUGUCGAAGUAAUAAAUGGGAAAUAUUUUGUCUUGGACAUGGUUAGACCAAAAGCCAUAUUUCUGGUGUAAAAUCACAUGUUUAUAAGAAAGAUGUCAGAAAUUAUCACCUCUGAAUAAACCUUUAUUGUAUAAAAUGAAGCUUCCAGGUCAGCAGGCCUGGAUAGCGAGGUGGGCAGCAUUAAUACCCAGAGGGGCGUUUCCGCCAUGUUUUACACAGGCAGUCUAGCAAUAAUUCUAUGCAAUUCUACACUGGGGUUUGAAUACGUGUGGAAAGGCAGUAGUCUUAUUUGUAAUGAAUGAGAUGGCAAAAUGUCAGUGCGAUGCUUGAGAGGUACAAAAUUAAAUGCAUAAUUUUCUAUUUUUUAGAGGCAUUUAUAAAGGGGUUUCCAAUGCCUCAUUAAUAGUGGUUUUUUGUAUUUUUCAACUACAUUUGAGCAAAAAAGAUUUUACAGCAGACUAUUUUCAUAAACUGUAGGUAGUUUGGAAUUAAGUCUGUUCCAGUGGUAAAGGACAGCCAUACUGUCGUCACUCGCGGAGCGCGCCCGGCUCUCAGGCCGCCUCGGUUUCACCCCGCGAGUGGUGGCGCAGCGCGCCGGUGUUGGGUAACUCAGAGGUUUUGUCUAUGCCUCUGUUUCAUAGGAACACAGGCCCAUUGUUUCGUGCACUACCCCUUAUUUCCAGUAUUUUGAAAGAAAUUAACACAAGUCUCACAGACACUUUAAUGAACUCGGUGUCUUUUCUCCCCUCUUUCCUUGGUGGAAGGCGUUGGUGCCUCUCAUUUCUUCAUGUGACUUAAAGGAUGAAGUCCCGAUUAGUCUGAACUGAUCCUGAUAAUUCCAUUCUGACUGCCAGUAACUCUUACAGUGGCUACCUGACCCCACCCUGGGCACACAGUGAUCCAAUGUGUCUUACCCCAGGGAUGGGGGGUGUUUAAAUCAUCAAAGAUGAGUAACCGUAGCACAUCACAUGAGGAAAGGUAACAGUAGCAGGAAACUGAUGUGGUAAAAUCGUCCCCAUUGGUGAUCUUAGCCAGCUGUGCGUAGACAGAUGCUUCUGUGGUCGCAUAAACAGUAUCUGGAACCACAGUCAGCAGCGCUCCUAGAGGUGAAAUGUUGAAAGUUUUCUCCCAAGGUCAAAAUAAUGAACAAGGAUGUCUACCAGGGCUCAUUUUAUUCAAUAUUAUGCAGGUGGACCUAGCUAGGAAAGUGAAGGAAGGAAGAAACAAUCAAAAGGCAUAAGGUUUAGAAUGAAGUAAAAGUUAUUUGCAGGUGACAUGAUUUUCUGCAUGGAAAAUUAUGACGACGAUACAGAUAAUUAGAAUUAGUAAAUUUAGUGAGGUCCCUGCAUACAAGAUCAUUAUGAAAAAAUUGUUUUGCUAUACCAGCAGUGAAUAUAGAAAAUGAAAAAUUUAGAAGCAGUACCCCUUAGAAUAGCAUCAAAAAUCGCCAAGAGCUUAGGGGAAAACUUAAGCAUAUUUUGAAAUUUAAAAAAACCCAACAAUUAUAAAACAAGGAAACAUAUUUAGUUUGUGGGUUCCAGCACUGUUCUUUAAAAGAUGUUAGUUUUCCUCAAGUUCAUAUAUUCAAUACAAUAUUAAAGUCCUAAUAAGUUAUUUAAUUGAAAUUUAGCUAAUUCCAAAAUCUGUGAAAAUUCAAAAGACUGAUCAUAGUCAAGGCUAUCUUCUAGAAUAGACAAAGGAAGAGGACACUUACAAAUAUCAAGGCCUGUUGUAAGGCCAUAGAAGUUACGGUGGUGGGACACAGGCACAGAGGUAAAUCAACCAGCGGGGCAGGCUGGGGGGUCCAGAAACACCCACACGUGACACCAUGCGGUGAGGAGGAAGAUGAUGCUGCAGUGCAGUUUGGGAAAACACAUUCUUUCCGAUAAAUGCUCUGUCCAUUAAAUUUCGUAAUAGAAAAAUUGAUGUGAAAUGCAGAUCUAAACAUGAAAUGUAAAAUAAUAAAGCUAUAAGGAGAAAACAGACUGUAAAAUUAUAGUAAACAAAAUUUUCUUAAGACUCAAAAAGCAUCAAAGUAUAAAAUGUGUUUGGAUAUAUUAGGUUUUAAAACUUAUAUUUAUCCAAAAAGACACCAUUAAGAAAGCAAAUAGACAAACCACAGAGGGGGAGCAGACUGGAGCGCAGCAGGGUGGGGGGCUGGCAGCGGGCCUUUGGGGCCUCGCCGGCCGGCCGGUCUCCACCCUGGCCACUCGACCUCGCUGCAGUGCAGCAAAAGCCCUGUACACCGCAGAAACGAGCAGGGUGGCCGCGUCACAGUGAAACUCUUUGCAAACAGGCAGCAGUCUGGGUUGCCUGCUGGCUGUAGUUGCUGACCCUCUAAAAUGUAGAAAGAGCACCUACAAUUCAACAAAAUUAAAAAACGGUUCAAAGGCUUGGACAUUCACUAAUGAGGAUAAUCGUAUGGCCAAUAAACAUGAGAAGGUAUGUUAAUUUUAUUAUCAGGAAAAUGCACAUUUUAAAAGCGCCAUGUGGUACUGCUUCCCAGCCACCGAAAUGGUUAGAAUGAAAAGCAUAAAAAGCAUCACAUUUUGACAAGAAUGUAAGCCACGAGAAGUCUAUGCUGCGGCUGGUGUCGCAGAUAGAACCCUUCUGGAAAGCCAGCGGCUCUUCAGGCCCAACAUGCGUACCCUCAUAACUCAAACCCAGCAGCAGUGCUCAUAUGUGUCCACCAAAGGGAAUGUACUGGAAUAUCCGUGUAAAAUGCACAAACCAGAGUCCUCUGAAGGCACAUGUGCCGUAGGAUGAAUGAACGUAAAGUGAUGUGUUUCCACUCAAAAUACCAUAAAGCAAAGAGAAUGAACGGACAGUAACACCGCUCAACUCCACGUACAGGGACGAACAAAGGGCUCAGACACAAAGGCGAACACCGUGUGACUCCAUCUCUGUGCGGCUGGAGGACGCGCCGAAGCGGCCUAUGCAAUUAGAAGCCGGGAGAGCGGUCAGCCUGGCGAAGGGCGGAAACGGGGCCUUCGCAGGCCCUGGUAACAAGCGGUUUCGAAAUCCGGGUGCUGAACACUUGAGUGUCCUGUGCACUCAAGGUGUGUUUUUCCGCAUGUGUAUUAUACUUCCAUAAAAAGUUUUUUUCAAUCUCAAAUGUCUACCAUUCUUGUUGCUCAGCACUCCUGCCAUAUUUUUCUACAUGGUUAUGAAUAUGCUGCAGAAGAAGUUCAGUGGUAGAUUUUGCAUAAUUCUGUGCAGGAAAUACUCUGUAGUAGUUUUAAUGACAACUGCUGAGAUUUCCCACGCUGCGAUGGUAAAGCCUAAUUACUGUACUAUAUAUUUUAAGUAAAAUAUUUGAAAGGUGACGGGCCAUUACGUAUU